AUUCCGAUUUGCGUCUAAGCAACCUCCUAAAGAUUGGUCAGCUUCGGCAAUCAUUCCAUAGCUCUCUUCGAAUUUCUUCUAUACCCACCGUCCGAACUUGGCUUUCCCAAGAAUCAAAAGGGCUGACACGCUCGUUCUUGAUUUUUUACCAACCCUUUGGGGGGUUCGAUCACAUACGGCAAUCGGACAACGAGGCAACAAAGUCUUUCUCUCUGUCUGUCUGGGACGGAGGUUUCGGAGUUUAUGGUUUCUUUUCUCUGUCCACGGCGGUGAAUGAUGUGGGGUUGAUCAAUCGUUAGGGGGGUUCGCGGGGUUGCUGAAGAAAAAGGGGUGUGAUCUCUCCGGCAUCAGUGGGGGGCACCAGAAUGGCCGACACCGGUCGUCCUCUGAUCUCUGUUCAUCCCGAUGAGCUCAAAUUCACUUUUGAGCUGAAAAAGCAAAGCUAUUGCGACCUCAAAGUUGUGAACAACACAGAACACCAUGUUGCAUUUAAGGUUAAAACGACUUCACCUAAAAAGUACUUUGUACGACCAAACUCUUGUACAUUACAACCUCACGAUGCUUGUCUAAUAAGAGUUACUCUCCAAGCCCAACAAGAAUACCCGCCUGAUAUGCAAUGCAAGGACAAAUUUCUUCUUCAAAGCACCAUAGUGCCUUCUAAUACUGAUGGCAAAGAACUUUCGCCUGAUACUUUCAAUAAGGGUGGCGGAAGAUUAGUAGAGGAAUGCAGACUCGGAGUUGCUUAUAUUUUUCCCAGCUCACCUCAAGAAAAGUCUGAAGAGGAAGCCUUUCGGGGCUCGAUGCAAAGUUUUGAUGAUGACGCGAGUCUGGCUUUGCAGCGGAUAAAGGACGAGAGAGAUGCUGCUGUUCGGCAAACGCAAUUGUUGCAGAAAGAUCUUGACAUGAUGAAAACACAGAGAUACCGAAGAAGCGGCCGAGGCUUCUCCUUCAUGUCCGCACUUGCCGUGGCUUUCGUCGGUGUGAUGAUUGGAUUCGUGUUAGCCUUCCUCUACUCGUCCCCGUCUGCAGAAUGAGUAGCUACCGGUCAAAGCUGCAACAGGCAGGUGGUUGGUUUAGUUCCUUGUAAAAAAAAUUCAAGCCCGGUUAGAAUGUUCGCUUUGUUUGCUUUAUUCUUUCUGUAGAUCUUCUCCCCCCGCGUCUGCAGAGUCUAUUACAUUGCAAAUAGUCUCUUUUCAAAUUUGCAGAAAACGCGAAGCUGGUAUGGAAGUCCUCCUAUGCUAGGCUUCAAACUAAACAUGGAAGUCAGGAUAAUAAUCACAGUGUAUCCAUAGAACAUGAUCUAGCCAGAGCUUAUCUUGUUUU